AUGAUCACCAAGUCCCUUUUCGAAAAAACCCGCUUCCCGCCCUACACCAACCUCCCCAUGAAACUCGCCAGCCGCGUCCCCGUCUUCAAGCGUCUCUUCUCGCCCACCAGCACAAUCCUCGACCGCUACUGCUUCAUCGCCGAGAUCCUGGAUGUCGAGUCCCGCUCCUCAGGCCCCUACCACACCAUCCUCAAAGCCCGCGACUACGACGACACAACCGUGACAAUCGCCUGCUCGUUCCCCAAACAGGAACCGAUGGGGCUGUCUGCGCACCAGGCUCUGCUGUCGGCACACGAGGUUCUGCCUGACGACCAGGUUCCGCGUAGGGGCAUGUGUGUGUUUAUCCUGAAUGCGCAGACUCAGAAGAUUCAGCUGGAGGCUGCUACGGCCGAGGGAGAUGGCGCAGGCAAUGAAGUGGACGAUGAGGUUGUCGGGAUUGUACUCGAGGACGUGACACGUUUGAAGAUCCUCGGGGUAAACCUCAAGACGCUGAUCGCGCUGAACAACACCAUCUGCGAAUUCACCUCGGACCGCGGCGGCCAACGCUGCUUUGGAUGCAGGCAGCGUCGCGCCCCGGGCUCGCUCGAUCUGUGUGAGUCUUGUGGCUUUAUUGGCUUCUGCGCUGAUAAUCCGGACUGCGAACGUAAAGGCCGCGGCGAGCAGCGCCACGACGGGCACUGCCAGGUCCUCGAGGACCGGGAUAUGGGCCGACUGCUUAGGGGCGAGUGGGAUGACCUGGACUGUUUUGAGUGGGUUGUUUUUCGUUUGCCUGGAGACCAGGAUAUUUAUCUUUAG